GUUCGCGCGAGCGGUCUCGCCAGUGCGUUGCGGAACGCGCUCUCGGUCUGUGUUGCAUGUCGGUAUCGCGCGCGUCCGUGCGUGCGUUCGCGUUCGCGCGUGAUAUCUGCCCGAUCUGCCGUUUCUCGCGUCGCGAGAACGUCGAUGCCUUGCGGCCGUCGCGCAGUCGGAUCGAAAAGAAGCGACCGGUAUCGGAAGAGAACGUCUCUCUCUUUCUCUUUAUUUGUCUCUUUUCUCGUUUGAUAAAUUUCUCUCUCUUUUUCCUUCUCUGACACGUGUGUGCGCGCGCGCGCGCGUGUGUGUGUGUGUGUGUGCCAGUGUGUGCGCGUGCCUGUGCGUACAUGUAUUUCGGAUGCCCGGUGUAUACGCGGGCGGCGGCGGCGGUGGCGGCGGCAGCGGAGGCAGCGGUAUCGUCACGCGGCGAUGAACGCCGAUGACACACGGAGGGCUUCGACCCAACUUCCUCGUCCUCGGGUGGCGCGCGUCGUCGGACGGCCAGGAUCCCUCACGGCGGCGAGCACGCCCGCGGUCUGCUAGCGGCAGCAGGAUCCCUCGCGGAGCAACGACGCGGAGCUGCGCCUCGGAUCGAUCGACGGCCGGAGAGCGGCGCUCGGAGGUGGUGAACGUCGAAGAGGAAAGAGGACGACGAGGAGGAGUCGAUCCGCCGUCGAAGGUAGAGCGAGGUGGAACCGGCUGAAAAAGAGAAGAAGAAAAAAAGAGGAAGGCUGAAAGCGAAGAGGAGACGCGCUGGUGGUGGUGGUGGUGGGGGUGGCGGUGGCGGCGGAGACGGCAGAGGGGUCGAAAGGUUGAGCGACCUACGGACCAAGACGAGGAGGAGGUGGCGGAGAGAAAGGGGCGGCGGAGAGAGAGCAGGAAGGGUGAGAGGAGGAGGAGGGGGAGAACGACCGGAGAAGAAGGACGGAGAAAUGAUCUUGGUAGGUGACUGGCAAAGUGCUGCGGUGGUCGACUCCUCGACGAAAGGCAGAUAGCGCCAUUAGUCGUUGCCGGGGCACGGAACAUCGGGCCCAUGCGCGUUGCGGCCCUGGCCGUGGGCGAAGAAGGGGAGGAGGAGGAGGAGGAGGAGGAGGAGGACGAGGAAGAGGAGACUGUGGGCCGUGGGGAAUACCAUCGUGGGGCCCGCGGGCCCGCGAUGCGCUCCGCGUCUGCCGCGACAGUGGGGGGCAGGAGUCAAUGGUCCAUCACAACGUGUCCGUUUUUCUUUGUGCUGCUGCUGCUGCUGCCCGUCUGGAUUCUGAUAGUCGUCGUCGACGGGUCUCCCCUUCAUCCCGCACCACCGCACAGAGAUAUCACGCGCGGCUCGUAUAUCAGGUACUAUGAGGCAGCCACGUAUGACACCGUAGCCUUGAGACGACAUCGCAACCGGAUACGUCGCGACGUCGCCAACUCCGAGCAACCCCUGAUUUUGAACCUGAAGACGCUCGACAGAUCCUGGACGAUACGCUUGUUUCGCGACCCGAGCCUGUUUAGCAAGGACGUAUCUUUCGAGAGCACGAACGGCCCGAUAUCCUUCGACACGUCGCAUUCUUACGUCGGCACUGUUUUGGAGGACGAGAGUGCCGUGGUGCAGGGCGUCGUUACGCAAGACGGUCUCUUCGACGGCAGUGUCGUGACCAGAUUCGAAGAGUACUACAUCGAGCCGACGAGCAGAUAUUUGAAUAAAAAUGAAGACACGUCGCCACCCUAUCACAGCAUAGCUUAUCGUACCUCCGACGUUAUCACUCCGCCACAUCCAUUACCCUGUGCCAGUCAUCAGUUGCAUCAAGAGGGGUCUCUUCGUGAUUCCUUCGAUAGAUAUAGGUACAACAAUUCUCAGGCGUUCUACGAGCCUCUGCUCGGCGAGCACGUGGCUCUUUACUCGAGAGAGAAUAAUGCCAGAGUGUUAACGAUAGAAACGAAUAAUAACGUCGAGUACACGGACGCCGCGAGCGGCAGAGAUCGGAUCGCGAGGCAUCUGCACAAGCGCGCGGUAGAUCCUCGGAAAACUACCUGCAUGCUCUACUUGCAAGCGGACCAUCAGUUUUUCGCGCGAUACGGCACGGAGGAAGCCUGUAUCGAGGUGAUGACGAGGCACGUGCAGAGAGUCAACUCCAUCUACAAACACACAGAUUUCAAUCAAGACGGACGGCCGGAUAACAUCAGCUUUAUGAUCAAACGCGUCAAGGUACACAGCGAGGACGCGUUGAGAGACACUCAUUAUCGUUUUCCAGGCAAUUAUGGGGUGGAGAAAUAUUUAGAGCUCUUUUCAGAGGAGGAUUAUGACGCAUUCUGUCUGGCUUACAUGUUCACAUAUCGGGAUUUCGAGAUGGGAACUCUAGGUUUGGCGUGGACAGGCGAUCUCAAGAAUGCCGGCGGCGUGUGCGAGAAGAACGGGCAUUACCGUGGCAGCAUGAAGUCAUUGAACACCGGUAUAGUGACCUUAUUAAAUUACGGGAAGCACGUACCGCCUGCGGUCUCUCACGUUACUUUGGCUCACGAGAUCGGCCACAACUUCGGUUCACCGCACGAUCCGGAACAAUGUACACCGGGCGGCGAGGACGGUAACUUUAUAAUGUUCGCCCGUGCUACCAGCGGCGACAAGCGUAACAACAAUCGCUUCAGUCCGUGCAGUCUGAACGCCAUAAAUCCCGUGCUCAACAGUAAGGCACGUUCGCCAAAGGGAUGCUUCACCGAGCCGCAAGUAUCGCUGUGCGGCAACGGCGUGGUAGAGGAGGGCGAGGAGUGCGACUGCGGCUGGGAGGAGGAUUGCAGGGACUCGUGCUGCUUUCCCCAGCGCCGUUAUCCGCCGUCCGAGGAGACCCCGUGCACGCUCACACCACGCUCAGUGUGCAGUCCUAGUCAAGGUCCGUGCUGUACCAGCGAGUGUAAUCUCCGCUUCGGGGACAAAUGCAGAGACGAUAACGGCUGCCGCGAUGCGAGCUUCUGCGACGGUCGUUCUCCAUAUUGCCCGCCAUCUAUUAACAAGCCUAAUAAGACCAUCUGUAACCGCGAACUGGUUUGCUUCAUGGGGGAGUGCACUGGCAGCAUUUGCCUGGCAUACGGACUGGAAUCUUGCCAAUGCAUACCAGGCCCGAACGAUCCGCCGACGAAGGCUUGCGAGUUAUGUUGUCGACUUCCCGGAGAAAAUCAACCGUGCCUAUCGUCUUUCGAUUGGAACGCUCCGCCAAAUGAUAUUCCCGACAUGUUUUCUAAGCCAGGAACUCCAUGUAAUGAUUAUAACGGUUACUGCGAUGUCUUUCAAAAAUGUCGCGAGGUCGAUCCAAGCGGUCCAUUAGCAACUUUAAGGAAGCUCUUAUUAUCCGACGAGAGCCUCGCCACUUUCAGACGGUGGGUCGCUGAACAUUGGUAUGCAGCCGCUCUGAUAGUUUUAGCGGCGAUAUCGUUGCUGGUGGCCAGCAUGAGAUUACUGGGCAAACGACCGGACUUGAAGCUAAAGUCCGUCACGAUAAUUCACAGUUCUACAACGGAAACGGUACGGCUUCCGCCGGAAGGUACGGAAGGAGUGACGGUGCAUCCACCGGCGGUACGUGCCAAACUUCCUCUUAGCAGAAAAGUUAGAGAAAAGAGGUGUCAUCGCAAACAUAAAGACGGCGGUCAUGCUGACAAGUCCAAUUAUAAGUUCUUUAUAUUUAAAGGACUGCCAAGAAAGAAGCAACAAAACCAACAAACGAAGAGAUCAUCUACCGGGCAGGCAGAUGAUUUUGCUCGAAAGAGACCGGCCGAAGUUUUGACUGCUGUAACGCAAGAGAACAAACGGAAAAAAAUUACAUCGGUUAGAGAUAAAGGACAAGGUACUAGUAAUACUCCAGCCGGUAGCAGCGGUGAUAAUGAAAAGCGGAAGCGUAAAAAGCAACAUAGAAAAGAGGUAAUCGACUAUUCGGCAAUUCAAGCGGAUAAGGAACCGGAAACGAAUGCUGAUCCUAAGAGCAAAGUACGCUCUUGGUUAUUGGCAUCUUCGCAAUGUCGACCGGAAACGGGUGCGCGAACCAAUGUCAACGGUUUGCCGAAAAGUAAGUCGACCCCGGUGGGUCUGACGACUAGUGCAGGGGCGGUUGGGUCCAGACUGCCGAUGCCGAGGCAACAGGCAUUAACGUCCGUACGUCGUUCUGGCGCGGAAGCUGGAAGAGCGGAACUGAAAAACUCGUCGAAUUCCCUCGCUAGAAAGGAACGGGCGAGGCUCCAGGUGGUAUACAAGCCGCCGUUCCGGUUUAGCGUGAAACUACGCAAGUCCGACAAGGUGGCGCAGGCACCGGCUACGGCUAUGAAUCACACGAACGCGAAUAGUAGAACGACGAAAUUGCCAAGAACUGGGGUGCUUUUGCGAACGGCUAAAAGGAAGGAUCGAGUCAGGAUAGGCAGAGCACGACAGAUUGCCCCUACCGGUAUCGGGAACAGCGGUGGUGAUUUGCCAGAACCGGCCAACUCUGACCUGCACACCGUACCCUCUGAUCUGGAAGUACUGCUAUCCGAGAGCGAGUUUCUUUUCUCGGACACGUGACCAUGGAUUUCGAUAACGAGCGUGUUCGAGUUCGUUUCGAAGUUUCUAUGCGACUAAGUAGUUCUCGCAUAUUUUCAUUCUUUAUAUCCGUGCGUGAGAAUAGAUAAUAGAUACUUAGGAUGCGCGGGAUGAUAGAUAAUUUCACGUUGAAUCGCUAACUCGUGCGUGGAAGAAUCCCGUCCGAGAGAACGUGGAAGGGAAGACUUGUUUAGUUGAUUUGUUGCCUGAUCUGUCGAAAGAUAUUUUGGUUUUUUUUUUAACUGUUUGCUGACUGUUUUGUCCACACGUUGACGAGACGUUGCAUUGAUUCUCGUUAUUCUUCCUUUCCGCACUUCUAGAAUGGAAUGAUAGCGCGGCGACUGAUUAUGCAUUCACGCGUUGUGUUCGUGGCAGUGCGACGAAUGUUUUUCACGCGCAAUUGCAAUGAACGGAAUUCGCGCUUCGAUUUAUGAACGUAUGGGGUGUGCCGGCGUUAGCUUUCGAUGAUCAAGCCAGUUUUCUUCUUCCAAAGAAAGGGGCCAAAUCCACCGUUUAAAGUGCGACUGGUGUAAGCGCCGCAAGUAUAUAAAUACUGAUCUAUUCGUCUAAUAUUUCCCGGAACUAUGCUAUGUGAAAGCAAAUUACGAUUCGUUUUCGAUGGUAGCUUUACAUUUUCAGGGAUCAGUGCGCAACAUUAAUCUCAAAAUGCAAUGCGGUAUUUUGGGGCGUCGAAAGUAAUGCUUUAUCUUUAAAGUCUCUUUACACUGUGCCUGUUACUCUGUACCCUCUUUUCUGACGCUUAGGGAAAAUCACGUCUAAGAAUGGCGUAGUUUUCAUUUAAAUGGCGGUAUAUCGGUUGUGUGAGAUAAUGACAAAAGCUGAAUUAUUUCGACAGCCUUUAUUGACUAAUUUUUAUUAGUCGCUCCCCUUGAGAUUAUAGCUCUAAAUUGUAAUGUAGCCGUGUGACACUGCAUUAAAGUCGUUGCUAUGAUAUGGCUAUAAAAUACUCUAUUUUAACCCUAGCUGUUACAUAGCUACAUUACAUACUUUGUAUUAUGGCCCUAGAUAUAAUAUAACUGAAGUACAUCUUGUAAAAUUACAACAUUAUAUCUUUAGCUAUGAUAUAAUUAACAUGUAAUUCUAUAUUGUAGCUACUGUUAUAAUGUAAUGUAUUGGUAACAGCGUUUAUUCGUAGCUAGGGCUUUGAUAUCGAUGCAGAGGAACAAAAUGUAGUGUACCACGAUCAAAUUGAUCUGACAUUGACGAGAACUCAGGCAGUUCCAAAUAGAUCGUCGGGAUGUUCUCUUAGUCACCGCCCGAUCUGCCUAUAACAUUAAAGUAAUGUUAUUAUUCACUCGUGGUUCCUAUUGUCGACAAUUCCUAAUUGCAUCUCGUGAAGCAUCCUGUCGAAUAUACUUUGCAAUUUUUUCAGUACGUUCGUGAGAAUUGUGAGACGACACGACAACGGAUGUUGCUUAUAUUUUUAAAGACUGUAUAAAAUAUCUUCAAUGAUACUCGUUAUGCCGAGUUUUGGCAAUUUCCGUUGUUUGUGGUUAUUAACAAAGAAUGUGUUACUUCUCCUAUUUCCCAUAUGCAAUCUUCAAAUCUAUCUGGUGCUAUCAUUUGAUACUUACGCCUCUUAUACGCCUGAUUCCAUUUGUAAAUAUGCUUUACCGCUCAGACAUUCCUGUUUACUUUGCAAAAGAUAAGUUGAUUAAUUAGAAUCGAUAAAGUAAUUUUCUCUCUUGAUGAAAUUUUUUUUACUAACAGAUUUUUGCAAAAAAUAUUUAUAUAAUAGAACUCGGAAUGUAUUAACUUUGAAUCGAUUUUACACGAUUUCUUACACUGAAAUUAUGUUUUAUCUCCAAAUAUUCAUAUCCCCGUUAAUAUAUCUAUAUACAUAUUGUACUAAUCAAAUAUACAAUAUUUAAAAUAAGAGAAAAUAUUUUUAAUUACAAAAUUAAAUUAAGAAGAAGGUAUCGUACGAUUACAAUUAAUUUAAAAUGAACAUGUGAGAAAAAAUAUCGCCUUACUCUUGCUUUGCAUUAUAUGCGUCCUAAAAUCCAUACAUGCAUUUAUAAAACAGAUUUCUAUCGAUUCUGCUUAAUUAACGUUCUUUUGCAACGCAUUGUCGAAUGUGUUGCCGAGUUUAAGUUCCUUGCGCUCGCGGUACGUGCACUCGAGUUAAAAGCGUAUCUUGAUAUAGAUCGAGAAUCUUGAUAUUCGUACAUUCAACGUGUUUCACGAGUUAGCUUUAUGUAUGCAUUCCUCUCGAGUGUGUCGCCACGAACUUUUGAGCUGCCACGAUUUCACUUACGGCGACAAACCGCGAUAGCCGGCUCGGUUAAUCGUUAUGAAAUCGACUAAACUAGCUCUUAUUAGCCAACACGUAUGAGUACGGUUAAUGCAUCCUCUUUAAGAUCCGUUUACGAUCGCCGACUUCUCAUACCAUUGGCCUGAGACGCCGAAACGUGUGAGGAGUCGCUCUGUAUAAUAAAGUAACAAGGUCUGAUCGAUACGGACUCGAUACUCAAGGAUAAUAACAUUAAUAAUAUUAAUACGCUCGUUGGCGGCAUUCGUUUUUGUAUCAUUCCUUAACAAGAAGUAUUAUUCAGUGGGUGAACGAGAAAGAGAUAGAAAUAACGUAAAAAUAAUUAAUUACAUUUUACGUAUAGAUUACUAAAUGAUGUAAACAGGGUCUGAUAGGUUUUUUAAAUUUGAUUGAAGUUGUUUGAUUAAAAUAACAUUGCUGUGUAUUUGAAUAAUUUAACGCGAGCAAUUUUAUUUAAAACAUAUAUUGUUUAGAGUUAAGUAAAUUAGCUCUUGUGACGAGCUAAAAAAUUUAAUCUCUGAAUUGUAUACUGCUUUGAAUUAAAAUAAGCUGUACUGUUAUUUAAUUAAAUUUUGUUUUUUAAUUUUUUAAAGAACGUAUUUAAUUAUACGUACAUAAUUGAUUUUUGUAACAGUGUGUACAAUCUUAUAACAAAUUGAAACUUCUACUUACAUAGCGCUAUGUAUUGUAUUAAUAUGCGUUUGUUAAAAGCAAUUAGAAGCCUAAUUUAUUAAGUGAGCAAUUUUAACUCCAAAGCUUAUAAAACAUUUACAAUUAUUACAUAUAUAAGUAAAUUAAGCUUCGCAAAAAAUUGUACUUUGUUUAACUUAUAGAUACUUAAAUAAUUAUACUUGGUCGACCGUGUUUUAUACAUUCAUAAUUGGCUCUGCAACUGCGAAGCUGGUGUUCAACAAUUUGUGAGAGAAAUCCCUUUAUGUGUGUGUAUACAUGCGCUCCCGUAAAUGUACUUAAUUCAUAAGAAGAUGUGAUGUUAUACUUUUACAUGAAUCUGUAGCAGAAUUGUUUAACUUGUAAGGAAAUGUGCUUUUACUUAUAAGACCGAGCUGUGUUAUAUUCUCUCUUGAAUUAAUCGGAAAUUGAAAUUGAUUUUUAUUUCGGUGAGUUAAAUUCUCGACGCUCGACCGUCGAAUAAAAUAUGGAAACAGCAAUUUAAUUGAAUGGUAUUUAUUUUGUAAAAUUAAAUGUAUUUUGUAAAAGGAAAAUGUAUCUUAACGUAAUUCUUAAUUUUGAGUAAAAAUUAAUUUUUUAAAUUCAAAAUUAAAGUAUUUGAAAAUUAAUACGUCGAGAAGAAAGAUACUGAAAAGAAUAGAGAAAUCACUUUCGCGUAGAGCGUCUGUAGCAUUAAAAUCCACUGAAAUUUCAGUUCCAAUUACCGAGUCUUAAACCGAUUAUGAGCCAUGUCGCGCGAUUCGCUUUGUUGUGCCUAGUCGCUGCGCAGAAAUCGCUACGAAUUCGCGUGCGAGCGCGGCGAGCGUUUAAUAUCCGUAUUAAUUCGGACACUCGUUAACUUCGUUCGUACUCCGUUGUGUCUAUAUGCAUCUACACACAUAUAUAUACAUAUACACAUAUAUUGUGAUACAUACUUAUAUAUGUCGUACAAGUAAGUAGUAACAAGUAAUAAGUGCGUAUUCCGCUUUGGUCGUAAGAUUUACGUUAUAAUCUAAAAAGAAGUAAAAGCCGAAAAGGGAGCGAAGGCAAGAAAGCGUGUAGCUUGAUCGUAGAAUCAUCAGAUAGACGGCAGAAAUGUUCGGAUAUUCGGAUUCUGUAAUGUGUAGAUGAUAAAAGUAGCUGUUAUCCUUGUGUAGUUUGUUCACUAAAAGACUAUAGUCGCGGCAAAGUGAAUCAAAUUUAUAAACGCGUAUUGUAACGCGAUCAAUUUUUUUACUAUUCUGAGAUUCCGACGAGUGCGAUGGGAAACGCAUACAUACGAAGAACAUUUUCCGCUACUUGGAAUUCAUUCUGCAGCGAAUCUCGAUUAGCGUGAGAUUUAACAAUUGAGAAAAUAAUCAAUUUAUAGCGAAAUCAAAGCGAAACGUAAGCAGGUUUAGAAGGGGAAAUAGAUAUCUGUCAAUCUUAAUACAUGAUAACAUUCGUAGUAUUUUUGCAUUGAUGCACAUUUUAGCACGUUUUAGAAACUUGAAUGCAAUUUUUUAUUUCUUUUAUUUAACGAUUUAACCGAUGAAAUUAUGAUUAACUGCUAUUUUAUUCACUUAAUAUUUGUAAAUUUAGAAAGAAAUAAUUAUAGAUGUUAUUGUUAAGAAAGAGAGAAUUACUAAGAAAAUCAAAAAAUUGUUUACGAAACAUAUGUACAUUAAAGGGAAAGAUUGGCGUUAAAAGGAAUUCUGAUUUCUAUUUGAAUUUCCUAAGUGAAUAAGAAGACAGCAGAAUAACGAAGUUAAAGUUUUCAAUGGAAAUUAGAUUCCUUCUAACUCCGUUUAUUUUACAGGACAAGAUUAAUCUACUUUUGUAAAAGGAUAGCAGCUUUCUUGAGCUUCGAAAUUUGAUUAUUGCUGAUUAUUAUGAGAUUCAAGACUGUCGUGUUUAUAUUUACAUUAGCAAAAAAAAAAUGGUUGAUGCUGCCGUGCGUGAAAUCUUUCUCUCGUACGUAUGCGUGCUCGUCAUAUAAUUUGAGAAAGCAUUUGUAGUUUGGUAGUUCGUAGUUGAACACUAUUUUUGAUCCGCGAGUGAUGAUAAGAUUGAGUCGAUUGUGGGCGAUUGCCAGCCACCGAACAAAUUGAUACUUGCAGUUAAUGCUGUAGUCAUUCCCGUUAAGCUCGAGUGCUUCUUAUUCCAUUUAAUAGUUAGCAGUGGCGAGGGGUGAUGAGAUUGCACAUGUCCCCCCCGCAUGCCAAAUGAUACAACACACAUACACACAUACACAACACUCGGAUCCGAACAAAGUCGAGGGCACAAGUGGUCUCGAUCCGAACCUAUUCGGAAUAUUUGAUACGUCCGAGAGGCGAGACUGUUAUUAUUUUAACUCUUAUACCGCGUACCACAUAAACUUAUAAUUGAUAUAAGAUAUAAUGGGGCUGCUGUAUUUUUACACGGACUUUGUACAAAUAUAACGGAGGGAGUUCUCGUGGGGAGACCCUCGCGCCGGGGAGAUAUGUUGUACAUACCUGUAUAUCAAUAAAUACUAGAUGAAAUGUGAACGAAUAAAGAAGUUGCGACCGUGCAAAGCAAA